AUGGCUUUAAUUAGCAUAGAAACAGAGAGAAAACUGGCUGAUUUUCUACUGCUUAUUGCUGAGGGAGAAAACGAAAUAGAAAAAUCAAGAAUAAGUCUUUGUGGAAACAGAGAGUUUGAGCCUUUAAGUGUUUUUAGGCAGCUUGACAGAUUUUCAAAUGGGUACUUGAAUUUUCUUGACAUUCAGGAGUUUUUUGAAAAUAAAAGAAUUGAAACCGCAGAUAAAGACAUACAGCUACUGAUAAGACAAUACGAUUCUGACUCAGAUGGAAGGCUUUUGAUAUCAGAUUUUUAUCAGAUCGUUCUUCCGUCCACUAACACUUACCUUCGGGAAUCCGUAAUCGCCCGUCCAUCGUAUAUGAAAAUUUCAUUAGACGUGGAAUAUCUCCUUAUUAGACUGCUCGAAAAAGAAGCCCUAUUCCAGAGACAACUUGAAUCGUCUAGAUACAGCUUGACCAGUCAAAUUGACUAUAAGCAUUUGGAUGCUUUUAGAUGCAUAAAUUAUGCAAACGAGUCUUUUAUCACCAGAGACCACUUGGCUGAGUUUUUUAGGAGGCAUUCACUUCCUGUGUAUGAAGAGGACAUUGAUGCCAUUUUAAGACGAGUUGAUACAGAUGGUGACGAAAGGAUAAGCUAUGCUGAGUUUGUUGAAGCAGUUCAAGCUUCAGAAAUUUUGCUUGAGUCACCAUACAGAUCAAUAGCAAGUCCAGUAAGGCAUUCUUCACCUCUAAGAAAAUCAUUUUCACCAAAUAGAAGCUCAUAUAACAGUCGAUCUUUAGAGUCUUCUUAUCGGAAAACGCCUAUAAAAAGUGUCAAUAUUUCAGAAAUUGCUCAAGUUUUAAGCGAGCAAGUUGCCUUGUCAAGAGAAUUAGACGCAGCAAUUAAAGAGCUCGGCCUAAGGGCUGAUUUUAAUUUAAUUGAUGCUUACAGGAUGUUUGAUAUAGAUGAUAAAGGGUUUUUUACAGAAUUAGACGCUGAAGAAACUUUAAACGAUUUUGGAAUCCGCACUUUUAAAGACGAAAUUUCUCUUUUAUUUAAGCACUACUGUCACAGCUCAGACAAAAAGAUGAGGUUUAGUGAAUUAAAUGAACUUUUUACUCCUAAAGACCCUGAAUAUGCAAGAUUGGUAAAAAAUAGGGUCCCUUAUAAUGCUCAAGGCCUCCCACUCAAGACUGAAGCCGCAAGGUAAGAAGGAGGCAGAAGGUAACCUCCCGAACGGGAGGUCUUUUGAUUGAUGACUGCGCCACCAAUAUGGAUAACGCCUGACUCUAAUAGCCUAACCCUUAUAAUGCUCAAGGGCUAAUAGGAGAAAUGUUUUUAGGCCUGAAACUAUGAACAAAUUGAUAAGGGUCCUUCAGCUGCACUUAGAAUGUGAAUCUAUGGCAGAAAAUUUGAGGCAAAGAUUAAGUAGAAGCCAAAGCUUUAAUAUUAUGGACGCUUUUCAAAUAAUUGAUAGGGAUAGAAAUGGAUACAUAACUUUUAAAGAAUUUCAACAAAUUUUGGAUGAGCAUGGGCUGAUUGCUUCUAAAAAAGAUGUGGAGAGCUUAAUGGAGAGAUAUGAUAAAGACAAAGAUGGAAGAGUUUCGUAUUCGGAGUUUAUGAAUGAAGUAACUCCGAAAUCACCACAAAAAUAUUAG